CUGUCUCUCUCUCUCUCUCUCUCUGUUCUUUCAACGAAAUCCGACAUCAGAGUUCGCUAAUCCAAAUAUUUGUUCUCGCUAUUCCAGUCGAGGACUAUGUUAUUCUUGAUUCGAUGAAGGAACCUCCAUAACUUAACGGGUUGCUGCCAUUAAAACAUGGGAUAUGCAUCAGGUAGUACUUCCCUGGAUGGCCGUGAUGAAGAUGAUGAGGAGGAAUAUGAGGAGGUUGGCAGAGGUAAUGGGUUAUUGGGAUUUAUGUUUGGGAAUGUCGACAACUCUGGUGAUCUUGAUGUGGAUUACCUUGACGAGGAUGCGAAGGAGCAUCUUGGUGCACUUGCUGACAAAUUGGGCCAAUCAUUGACAGAUAUAAAUUUGUCGAUUAAAUCAUCACAGUCAUCUGCUGAUGCUGCAGAACAAGAUUAUGAUGAGAAGGCUGAAGAUGCAGUUGAUUAUGAAGAUUUUGAUGAGCAGUAUGAAGGACCAGAGAUUCAAGCUGCUAGUGAGGAGGAUUAUUUGUUGCCAAAAAAGGAGUAUUUUUCUUCUCAAGUUCCUCUGGCCACAUUGGAGCCUGAAACUUCUGUGUUUGAUGAUGAAAAUUAUGAUGAGGAAGAGGAAACUGAAAAGGAACAUGUGGUUCUUGAUAAAGACCUUGAAGUUGAAGCUCAGCAGGAUGUUCUAGUUAUUCCAGGUGAAGAAAGAUCUCCACAUGAUGGGACACAACUUGAUUCCAUGGAUACUGAAAAUCUGGAUGCAGAUUUGGAGGAGGAGAAAUCUGAUGCUCUGACGGGGCCUCCAGAUGUUCAAACUUCCACACCUCUGCCUGUUCUGUGCGUAGAGGAUGGCAUGGUGAUUUUACGGUUCUCUGAAAUAUUUGGUAUUCAUGAGCCCCUUAAGAAAGGAGAGAAAAGAGACCAUAGAUAUUCCAUUUUCAAAGAGAAGUACAAAUGUAUGAAUGUUUCUGAUAUUGUUGAAGAAGAUGAGGAAGCUUUUUUGAAGGGCUCUAGUAAAGUAUUUCAGUUGCAGUCACAUGUAAAACAAUAUGACAUGUCAGUAUUUAAUGACGGUGUCUCAGAAUCAGGAAAUUUUGGUAUUAUGCAAGGGUCAAUUCAAAAUGAGGAACAUCAGAGCUCUUGUAUUAGUGCAGAACCAAUGAACAAGGAUUUAUCAGUAAAUCUUUUCACAGGAAAGCAAUCGCCAUUGUGUUCAAAUUUCUACCCUCUUGAUCAGCAAGAUUGGGAAGACAAAAUUCUAUGGGACAGCUCUCCUGCUGUUAGUGACAAUUCUGUAGAGAGUUGCGACUUAUCUGGACCUGACUUGGGAGAUCCAUUUCUUAAAGAAACAGAACGAGUAAGCAAGCCACAAAAUUUUCAUCCAGAGCUUGCUGUGCAGCCAGAUGAGAAAGAUCAUAAGUUUUUCCUGCAUAGCUCUCCUGUUCUCCUGGAAUCAUUUGGCUAUGGACUUUCUUCAGGACCUUCAGACAUUCCAUUAUCAGAGGGCAGAUGUCAUCCACAACUUUUGAGGUUAGAAACUCAGUUAGAGGGAGAGAAGUGUCAUGAUGUUGAUGGUAGAGAAGAGAGUAAUACAAUGGAGAUUUUCCAAAGUGAUUCUGUAAGGCGUUUCAGCAAACUCACACUGCAAAAUAGAGACAUGAUGGAAGGAUCUUGGCUAGAUGACAUAAUAUGGGAACCCAAUAAGACUAGUGUGAAGCCUAAGCUAAUUCUUGAUCUUCAAGAUGAGCAGAUGCUUUUUGAAGUUUUGGAUAACAAGGAUAGCAAACAUCUUCAGCUUCAUGCUGGGGCAAUGAUUAUAACUCGGCCCCAGAAACCCAGGGUUUCAUCUGAGCUGUCUGGUCAUGGAUACGAGUCUGGUUGGCAAUUCAAUAUUGCCAAUGACAAGUUCUAUAUGAACAGGAAAAUUUCUCAGCAGUUGCCAUCGAAUUCUAGUAAACGAAGUGCUUAUGGUACCAGGAUUCAUCAUUCAGCUCCUGCAAUUAAGCUGCAGAUGAUGAAAUUGAAGUUAAGCAAUAAAGAUUUAGCUCAUUUUCAUCGACCAAAAGCUUUAUGGUAUCCCCAUGACAAUGAGGUGGCUGUCAAAGAACAAAAAAAGCUGCCCACUCAAGGACCUAUGAAAAUUAUAUUAAAGAGCUUGGGAGGUAAAGGUAGUAAGCUGCAUGUGGAUGCUGAGGAAACCGUCUCUUCUGUUAAAGCAAAGGCUUCAAAAAAGCUAGGUGAUUUCAAGCCUUCGGAAAUGGUGAAGAUAUUUUAUUUGGGAAAGGAGCUUGAAGAUCAUAAGUCUCUUGCUGCCCAAAAUGUUCAACCUAACUCUUUGCUUCAUCUUGUUCGUACAAAAAUCCAUUUGUUGCCAAGGGCGCAAAGGAUUCCUGGUGAGAACAAGUCUUUGCGCCCUCCAGGGGCAUUUAAGAAGAAAUCAGACCUUUCUGUAAAAGAUGGUCAUGUAUUUCUUAUGGAGUAUUGUGAGGAAAGACCUUUACUAUUGAGCAAUUUUGGCAUGGGUGCAAAUCUGUGUACAUACUAUCAGAAAUCAAGCCCCAGUGAUCAAACUGGCAUCAUGUUGCGCAGUGGAAAUAGCAGCUUGGGAAAUGUUAAGAUACUGGAGCCUACUGAUAAAUCCCCUUUUGUUGGAGAUAUAAAAGCCGGUUGCAGCCAAUCAUCUCUUGAAACAAACAUGUAUAAAGCUCCUGUGUUUCCUCACAAGGUAGCAACCACAGAUUUUUUGUUGGUUCGCUCUGCAAAAGGAAAACUUUCCCUAAGACGCAUUGACCGAAUUGCUGUAGUUGGGCAACAGGAACCCCUUAUGGAGGUAUUAUCUCCGGCAUCUAAGAAUCUUCAGGCAUAUAUCAUAAACAGGUUAUUGGUUUAUGUGUACCGUGAAUUUCGAGCUGCUGAAAAGCGUGGCACUGUUCCUUGGAUCCGUGCAGAUGAGUUGUCAUCGCAGUUUCCAAGCCUUUCGGAAACAAUAUUACGGAAGAAGCUGAAAGAAUGUGCUGUGUUGCGGAAGGAUGCAAAUGGACACUUGUUUUGGUCCAAGAAGCGUGAUUUCAUAAUUCCAUCUGAAGAGGAGUUGAAAAAGUUGGUGUUACCAGAGAAUGUGUGUGCCUAUGAAAGUAUGCAAGCUGGUCUGUAUCGUCUCAAGCACUUGGGAAUUACGAGGCUGAUACUUCCGACUAGUAUUUCGAGUGCGAUGAGUCAGCUCCCUGAUGAAGCAAUAGCUCUGGCAGCUGCGUCACACAUAGAGAGGGAAUUGCAGAUCACUCCAUGGAGCCUGAGCAGCAAUUUUGUUGCUUGUACAAGCCAGGAUAGGGAAAAUAUUGAGCGUCUUGAGAUUACCGGAGUUGGUGAUCCAUCUGGUCGGGGCUUAGGAUUUAGCUACGUUCGUGCUGCUCCAAAGGCACCAGUGUCAAAUGCAAUGGUGAAGAAAAAAGCAGCUGCUGGUCGAGGGGGUUCCACUGUUACUGGGACAGAUGCCGACCUUCGUAGAUUAAGCAUGGAGGCUGCACGAGAGGUCCUCCUUAAGUUCAAUGUUCCUGAAGAGCAGAUUGCAAAACAGACUAGGUGGCAUCGUAUUGCUAUGAUACGAAAGCUUUCAAGCGAACAAGCAGCAUCAGGGGUGAAGGUUGAUCCAACAACUAUCAGCAAGUAUGCACGUGGUCAACGAAUGUCCUUUCUUCAGUUACAGCAACAGACUAGAGAAAAAUGUCAAGAAAUUUGGGAUCGUCAAGUUCAGUCUCUGUCAGCAGUAGAUGGUGAUGAGAAUGAGAGCGACUCAGAGGCAAAUAGUGACCUAGAUUCCUUUGCUGGAGACCUGGAAAACUUGCUUGAUGCAGAAGAAUGUGAAGGGGAUGUGGGUAAUUAUGAGUCCAAGCAUGACAAAGCAGAUGGUGUCAAGGGGCUAAAAAUGAGAAGACGCCCAUCACAAGUUCAGGCUGAAGAAGAAAUUGAAGAUGAAGCUGCUGAGGCAGCAGAAUUAUGCAGGUUGCUCAUGGAUGAUGAGGAGGCCGAGCAGAAAAAGAAGAAAAAAGCAAAAACUGCUGGGAUUGAGGCUGGACUGGCAUUUGGCUCAAAAUCAAAUUUUGUUGACAAUGCAGAACGCAUUAAGAAAAUAAAGAAAGUUCAUCCUAAUGGUUCCUACAUUCCAAAAGAGAGCAGCAAUAGGGACUUAAAGGAGAUGGAUACUUUAUUUGGUAAAAGGAAGAUGUUUGACAAGGUGAAAGCUACAAAGAAGAAUGGCACUCCAGAUUCAGGCAUGCCUCGACUCAAAGCAAAAGUUAAAAUAUUGGGUGAAGGACUCAAGAUUUUUAAAGAGAAGAAAUCAUCAAGAGAGAGUUUUGUCUGUGGCGCAUGUGGUCAGCUUGGACACAUGAGGACCAACAAGAACUGCCCAAGGUAUGGAGAAGAGCCUGACACACAGGUUGAAAUUACAGAAAUAGAAAAAGCUUCUGCAAAAUCUAGUUCUCUAGAUCCCUCAAGUAAGUCCCAGCAGAAGUUGCCAAAGAAAAAGUCAAUACCAGAAACUACAACCAAAACCGAAGCUACUGAAGGUGAAAAAUCUAGUUCAAAGUCAAAACUUCUGCCAGUUAAGUUCAAAUGUGGCUCCACUGAGAAAUUUUCUGAUAAACCUGCUGAUGGAGCAGCACAAAGUUCUGACAGGCCUAUCACUUCUGAUGCACGGCCUGACAGUUCUGAUGUGGAAACUGCGAGCAAACCAAUUUCCAAGGUUAAUAAGAUAAUAAUAUCCAACAAGGCAAAACCUGAUGACAUACAAGUUGAAUCACACAAACCAUCUAUUGUGAUACGCCCUCCACUAGAUACUGAUAGAGGCCAAAUUGAACCUCAUAAGCCCUCCAUUGUUAUUAGGCCACCAAUAAGCACGGAAAGAACCCAGGUUGAAGCUCAUAAGCCAUCUAUUGUGAUACGUCCACCUGCAGCAAAAGAUAGGGACCAGAGUCACAAGAAAAUAGUUAUCAAACAGCCGAAAGAGAUCAUUGAUGUUGACCAGGGCAGUCAGGAUGGAAGUACUGGGUUUGAGUACCGGAAAAUUAAAAAAAUUGCUGAACUGUCAGGUAUUGAGAAUCCAAGAAAGCCACGGACUUCAACCUUACCUGGAGAGUCGGCCAAGAAGAAAGCCAGAGAGGGGAAAAGAUGGUGGGAAGAGGAAGAGAAGAGGAGAAUUACUGAGAGAUUUAGAGAAGAGAGACAUAGGAGGAUUUAUGGGGAAGAAAUAAGAGUUGAAGAACAAGGACUAGCUGAGCUUAGAAGAUAUGAAGAAGCUGUCAGAAGGGAGAGGGAGGAAGAAGAACUGCAGAAAGCCAAGAAGAAGAAAAAGAAGAAGAAAAAGCCUGAAUUUAGCGAUGACUACUUAGAAGACUUUAGAGCAAGCAGAAGAAUGCCAGAAAGAGAUAGAGGUGCAAAAAGGCGGCCUGCCAUUGAAUUGGGGAGGUAUGGCGCAGAGCAUGCCCCUGCAACAAAGCGCCGUAGAGGUGGAGAGGUUGGCUUGGCAAACAUAUUAGAACGUGUUGUGGACACCCUUAAAGACAGGUUAGAUGUCUCCUAUCUAUUCCUAAAACCAGUAUCCAAGAAAGAGGCCCCUGACUACUUGGACAUCAUAAAACGCCCCAUGGAUCUAUCAACAAUUAGAGAAAAGGUAAGAAAGAUGGAAUACAGGCAUCGAGAGGAGUUUAGACACGACGUGUGGCAGAUCACUUACAACGCUCACUUAUACAACGAUGGCCGGAACCCUGGUAUUCCUCCCCUUGCUGAUCAGCUUUUGGAACUUUGUGACUACUUGCUCAAGGAACAUAACUACAGCUUAUCAGAAGCAGAAGCCGGGAUUGAAUCUAGGGAACAUUAGAACAUUACUAAUGGAUCUCCAAAUCUCAUUAUGAGUCUGAAAUCCCCCAGAAGCAAUUUUUUUCCUCCUUUUUUUUUUCUCAUUCCUUGGGGUUGUAAUGGUUUGUAAAGUCGGCCUUAAGGCUGAGCUUCUUGUACGGCAAUUGUGCCCCUGUAAAAUAACGAGUUGUAUCCAAUUUUUUCCCUUUUCUUUAGUGUAUAUUCAAGUAAGAUACUCUUAAAAGUGUAGCAGAAACCUACAAGAAUACCACUGAAUCUUUAGUGUAUAUUUUGAGUUAGAUACUCUCUGAAAUUGUAGGAGAAUCCAACAAGAUUAUCAUUGAA